AUGAGCUUGAAAGAUGCCAAUAAGGUAGUGACAGUUUCAGCAUACCUUGGACAAGGUGAUAAAUCAAAGGAAAUAUCAUACACCGACACAAAGGUCAUCGGGAAUAGCUCCUUCGGUGUUGUAUAUCAAGCCAGACUUUGUGAUACGGAUGAAAUAGUUGCUGUGAAGAAGGGCUUACAAGACCGUCGAUUGAAAAAUCGAGAGCUCCAGAUAAUGCGGCAGUUUGAUCAUCCGAACAUCGAUGAUGUUUAUCUUAAUCUAGUGCUCGAGUUUGUCCCAGAAACAGUCUAUCGUGUCGCACGUCAGACCAUUCCUAUUUUAUUUGUAAAAUUGUAUAUGUACCAGCUUCUUCGAAGUCUGGCCUAUAUACAUCACAAAGGAAUAUGUCAUCGGGACAUAAAACCUCAAAAUCUGCUCCUCAAUCCGGCCACGGGUGUCCUCAAACUAUGCGAUUUCGGAAGCGCAAAAAUGCUUGUGCGUGGUGAGCCCAAUGUGUCCUAUAUCUGCUCGCGGUACUAUCGCGCCCCCGAAUUGAUUUUUGGCGCAGUUGAAUACACGUGUCAAAUGGAUAUUUGGUCCUCUGGCUGUGUUCUGGCCGAACUACUUUUGGGGCAACCCAUUUUCCCUGGUGAUAGUGGCGUUGAUCAGCUAGUGGAAGUAAUCAAAGUUCUCGGAACCCCANAAAUGAAUCCCGACUAUCUUUUCCGCCCGCGCGUGCCUUCCGACGCAGUCCAGCUUGUCUCUCAGCGUCUGGACUAUACCCCGAGCAAACGGCUCAAAACAAUCCAGGCUAUGAUGCAUGGAUUUUUUGAUGAGCUUCGCAUGGAGGACACGCGGUUGCCGAACAAUAGGCCCUUACCGCCACUGUUUAAUUUCACUCCUUACGAGUUGUCCAUGUCGGAGGAUCUCACCAAACUAACUCACCUCAACCGGUCGUUCAACGAUCUUUCGAAUCCGCCACCUGGUGGAGUAAUCAAUUCCCCUGAGUCUACCGCAACGGCUUCCGGUUCGGUGGAUGAAGCCAACACAUAG